AUGGGGGGCGGGAGUCGGGAGGCAAGGGAGCACACACGUACGGGAGGCGGGAGAGCAUGGUACGGGACGCGGGAGACUCCGGCCCCCCUGGCNAAUCCAAAGUCAAGACCGCUUGAAAAUUCAACUCCAACAUUUCUUGUAGAUACGUUUUAUUUAGGUGUGGGGUUCUUGGAACGUUAUGGCUGGCUUAUUGUCAUUGGACUUGUCAUCCUGGUAUUCCUGUGGAGCAAACUGAAACCAUACUGGAAAGAACUACAGAACAAGUGGGAAAGACAGCAAGAAAUCGCAAACUUUGACCCAAUAAAAGCAGCCAGUCAACAGGAAAGAAUGGAGGAUGCCAGAAGAAGGCUGCAAGAAAAACAGGAUGCAAAAGCUGCUAAGUUUAUGGAGGACCAAAGGGUGGUAAGUACUAUGGUGAAACAUGUGAAAGUGUAGUGUGAUUGUCCGGGUGAGUGUAGUCCUGA